CAACUGAAGGAUAUUUCCGGCAACACGUUAUUUCAACGGCUCUGGCCGUUGCGACUCCGAAUCUCCGUGUAUUACAUAAACCCUCUUGUUCGUCUCAGUUCUCAACCCAUUAAUCUAUCUCUCUGUCUCUCUUCUCUCUCUCUCUCUCUGUGAGACAGUGAGACGACGCAAUUCUCUAAAGUGCUCAAAGAUCGACGACAACAUCAACACCUUUCAACUCUCUCUCUCUCUCUCUCUCUCGAUCACUAUAUUUUGUUUAUUUGAUCUAAAUAUUUCUAUUCCAGGCUUUGUUUCUUCGUUUAUUAUUUCUUUAUUUUAUAACUUUAUUUCAAGGUUUAGCUCUAUCCCUUUCUCUCUAUAUAUUGCUUUGUGUAUAUCUAUUCUUUUGGUUGUUUUAGCGUUAUGGAUGCAGGAUCUUGGAGUUCUUCUUUUAACUUGAAGCCGCAGAUUCGGUGCCCGCUUCAAGAACAGUAUAUGCAGAGAAAGAAUGCUCGAGAAAACUUAGAUAGAUUCAUCCCAAAUCGAUCAGCAAUGGACUUCGAUUUCGCACAUUACAUGCUGACAGAUGGGAGGAAAGGCAAGGAGGACCUGCCUGCAAGCUCACCAGCAAGAGAGGCGUACAGGAAGCGGCUGGCUGAGGCCUUCAACAUGAACCGGACCAGAAUUCUUGCCUUCAAGAACAAAGCGCCCGCCCCAGUGGAGUUGAUCCCACGGGAAUUAUCCUCUUCUUUCCACAGUGAUAAGCCAAUGAAGCCCCGGCGACACAUUCCUCAGACUUCUGAGAGGACAUUAGAUGCCCCUGACCUUGUGGAUGAUUAUUACCUGAAUUUACUGGAUUGGGGAAGCCGCAACGUUCUCGCAAUUGCCCUUGGAAAUACAGUUUAUCUGUGGGAUGCUUCAAAUGGCUCUACUUCUGAACUUGUCAGUAUUGAUGAGGAAGAUGGCCCCGUUACAAGUGUUAGCUGGGCUCCUGAUGGCCAGCACAUUGCCAUUGGCUUGAACAAUUCUGAAGUACAGUUGUGGGAUUCAACAGCUAAUCGACAGCUAAGAAGCUUGAAAGGUGGUCAUAGAAUGCGAGUGGGGACUCUGGCAUGGAACAAUCAUAUCCUUACAACCGGAGGAAUGGACGGUCUAAUCAUUAACAAUGAUGUAAGAGUCAGAGCGCACAUUGUUGAAACCUACAGAGGCCACAACCAAGAGGUUUGUGGGCUAAAAUGGUCAGCCUCAGGCCAGCAAUUGGCGAGUGGAGGUAAUGAUAAUCUCCUCCACAUCUGGGACAGAUCAACGGCAUCUUCAAAUUCAGCAACGCAGUGGCUUCACAGGCUUGAGGAUCAUACUUCUGCAGUGAAAGCCCUUGCUUGGUGUCCUUUCCAGAGCAAUUUGCUAGCUUCUGGUGGAGGCGGAGGUGAUAGGUGCAUAAAGUUCUGGAACACCCACACUGGUGCAUGCUUGAACUCAAUUGACACUGGCUCUCAGGUUUGUGCUCUGCUUUGGAGCAAGAAUGAGAGAGAGCUGCUUAGCUCUCAUGGUUUUACUCAGAAUCAGCUCACUCUUUGGAAAUACCCAUCAAUGGUGAAGAUGGCAGAGCUCAAUGGUCAUACCUCUAGGGUUCUUUUUAUGGCUCAGAGCCCAGAUGGUUGCACUGUGGCAUCAGCAGCAGGGGAUGAAACACUCAGAUUCUGGAAUGUCUUUGGGGUCCCGGAAGUUGCUAAACCUACUCCCAAAGCAAAACCCGAGCCUUUUGCUCAUGUGAAUCGCAUCCGAUAAUCAAGAUAAAGCUGUAGAUUUCAAUUCAAACACUCUCUUCUCUGUUAAAUUUGAUUGGAUAUAUAUAUAUAUUCAGUGUGAGUACAA